AUCCGCGAAAUUACAACAGACGGGUUCCUAAAGCAGUCAGCCAGUCUGAGCUCUGUGGGGCAGUGGCGCAGGCCAGGGUCCACCUCGUUGCCCAGAGGAGCAAAAGAGGACGUGAUUCAUUGCGGUUUCUAUAUAAAAAGAAUGAUUGCAUACAAAUGAAGCAUUCUGGAUUCUUGACAAGACUCCAAUAUCAUGUCCCUUUUAGAGUGCAACUGAGAUAGAUGAUCCUAGAUUUCCUUUUAAAUCUGGCUUUGUCACCGGUUGGGUUGGGAAAGCUGAAAACAAAGUUGCUUAAAAAAAUUCUACAAAUGUAGCAUGUGAAUGCUUUUAGAAGAUAUUAUCAGUGAAAAGACACAAUUAUAAAACUGACUGGAUGACACAAACCUAAAAAGUACUUGAACUGCCAUUUAAGCAGUUUGUUUCUUAAUGGCCACAAGUACACAAAAUAGAAUAAACAGCUAUUGAAAGAAAAAAUGUUGGGACCACAGGUUUUCUUCCUGUAUUAAUCACAUGGACAUGGAACCAUGUCAUCUCCUGUUGGCCAUAUCUUAUAUGUACACGUAUAAAUUGAUUUCCCAGAGUUCAGGUUUGCAGGUCGUCUAAGGCUGUAUUCAUACAGCAAACUUAAUUUAAUUUUGAAUUUACGUAUUUUUAAAAAUUCACACAAUGCAGGCCGAGUUUGUACAACAUGGCAAACAACUAAAAAAAACUAACCUACUCAAUUUGGCUGGGUUCACACAAUGACAGCCUUAAUGAGCUUUCAAACCUCAAGGUAGAGAUUUUUAGAUUGCAGUCAACUUUUAUUAAAUAAGGUGUCAAAGUUCCAGCUGAUGAUCCCAAUGAAGUAAGCACAUCUGAGAUAUUACGAUCUCUAAUGCAAAACUUUAUUGAGCACAGCAUAACCAGCACUAAUGAAUGGAAAACCAAUUCUGGCAAUAUGGCGCCAGAAAGAUAGUUUAAAAAGUAAAACUUUCUCUUCCCUCUCUGAUAGCUCAAGUCACAUUGUCCAAUUAAUCUUCAGGCCAUUGUUAUGAAAAGAAAGCCUCUGCUUGCCGUAACAUAUCUUCUGCGACCUUGCUUCCCAUAGGGAUAGAAACCACCUCCACAUUCCAUACAUUCUCCUUCCCCCUUGGAACUGUUCACAAGCUAGAAGCGGCAUGGCUGUCCUAGUGCAAGCAAUCCUCCUAGCUUGACAUAAGGUCCAAAUCAGCUUGCUGUUCAAGAUGCAAUUCAAGAAAUAAAAUAUUAACUCGCAUGGUGUGGAUUUGCCUUACUACUGCCACAUUUGGUGCUGAAAUCAAGAGGAUUAAUUUGAUUCUGGAUAGAUUGCUGUAUAUUAAAGAUGAAUGAGUUCCUUUUAAUGCUCCCCAAUAUGAGAAAUCUAGCAAAAACUGUGGAACUAUCAUCUGGCUAACAGAAAUUAUGACACAGCACCGAAAGGAGAAAGCUACCCCAAUAUGCAAGAAUAGAUUACUGCUAUGUGUUCUUUGUCAGUGUUUGAAUUAGGCUAUUAAAUUCAACUUCAUCACUAAUUUUGAGAUUGUCAUAUUGCCAUAGUGAUGUGCAUAUAUUACUUUGAUAUAAUAGAACUUUUAAAUGCAGAGUCAAAAGCAAACAACAUUAAGAUUCAGCCUUUCCUUGAUAUGUGAACUUGGUACAUAUUGGGGAUUGAGACGGGCAUUCUGCAUUACCCACAACUAUUUGAAGCUCCUUCAAAUAUUAAAACAUGAAGGCUGAAAUAAAAAGAGUAUUAUAAAGACAAACUAUUAACAUAACACAAAAAUGUAUAAAAUUAUGGACAAAAGCUACUACUUUUUAUUGGAUUUGGCAAAAAAAAUCUAUCAUAAAUUCCAUUGACCUUCCUCCACCCAUUUUAUAAUCUCUUCCAAAAUCUGUAUUAUUAAUGUAGAUAGAAAUUAUUGGAAUUACUACAUAAGAAGUAGUAAUAGUAUCCACUAUUUCAUUUUGAUUUCUGAGCUUCCUGACAUGUUAGAUCCCAUAAAGUAUAUUCAUUUAAGUAUUUCAGGACAGAAGGCAAGUGUACUGAAAUUUAUAUUUCUUCUCAAGAAAAAAAUUAUCUUUUUAUUUUCUUCCUCGUAUCCUGCCUUUAUUAUUUUUAUAAAUAACUCAAGUGAUAAACAUACCUAAUACUUCUUCCUCUUCCUAUUUUCUCCAUAAUAACAACCACCCUGUGUAAGGUGAGUUGGGCUGAGAGAGACUGGCCCAAAAGCUUUCUUGCCAAGGUGGUUUCUGAAUGGUGAAUGCCUUUGCAAUCUGUCCAAGAAAUGCAUUUUUAACUAAUUCUUAAAUAUUAACAGUAGACGCAUCCAAAUGCAUUUGGCUACAAGUGUCUCCUCAGAAAACAUAACUAUCAUAAUUGAGGUCAGUGGGAAAUGUUCAUCAUUUUUGGAAGGCAACAGAUGGAAGAAGAGACUGGCAAUGACAGCUUUGAAAGGAUUGUGUUCACUUCACAUUCCUUAAAAUUUUGCUGUAAGAGGCUAACAUCGCUAUUAACUCUCCACUACUUAAAGGGUGCAGAGAAUUUGAACUGCACGCCAUUCAUCGUGAUCGAAAAUAAGGGUUGAGAGAAGGGAGAGACGGUCUUUUUUUUUUAUUGUUUCCUAUGUUCACUUUCAGAGUAAUCAUAUCCACGUCUAUUCAGACGCUUUAGCCCCGUCGAUGCCCUACAGGACGGCAGCCCUGUAAUCUCUAUCCCCACCUCAGCACUUACAUGCGGCGGCAGCACCAGCAAUAACCAGGCAGCGCGUGAAGUGGGAUGGGGUGGGCUCUCGGUGGGGUGCGUUAGCUGGGGCAUGGCCAAAAACCAGCCCGGAGCAGCAUCUAGGAGGAGGAGGAGGAGGAGGGGGAGGGGGAGGAGGAGGAGGAGGAGAAGAAGAAGAGGAGGAGGAGGCGGUGGUGGUCAAGGUGACAAAGACAGUCUUCGAAGGAGACUGGCCAGAAAGGGAUGAAGGGAGCCUAACGGGAAGCAGAAGCGGAGAGCCACUGCGUGGCAAUCAACACUGAGCUAACUAGCCGGCCGGUCAAGGCUGCGCCGGCUCCUCCGCACUAAGCGCCCGCCGUCCCGCCGGCUUUGGGAAGGGUUUCCUGGCUUCCCCGCUGCUCUCAGCCAACGCGCAAACAGCCGCGCCGCGCCCUUCGCUGUUCCAAGCGCGCCGCGGGCUGCAUCUGGCUGGGAUUUCCUCUUCGGGGAAAGUGCGUGGAAGCUGGGCGAAGGUUCCGCGCCGCGUUGCUGUGCCCGCCGGUUCCUGCCCCUUUCCUUCGCCUCCCUCUCCCUCGCGGGGUUGGUCUCCCUCGGCCGCUCCGGUCCUGGGAAGGACAGGGACUCUCUUGGCUGGAGCCGUCAUGUGACCCGAUUGGGCUGCUUGGAUCGGCGCCGCACCAUGAGUGAAGUGGGGGCUGGGCAGAGCGCGAGCCGGCGCCAGGUAGCGGCCGGGGGGCUGCUGCUCCGUCGCCUCUUCUGCCUGCUCCUGGUUUGGACCAAAGAGAGUGCCGGGCUGGCUGACUUUUCAGGUUACCUAACCAAACUCCUGCGAAACCAUACCGUUUAUGCCUGUGACGGUGAUCAUUUGAGUCUCCAGUGUCCUCGGCAUUCAACAAUAAGUGUCCAAUCUGCAUAUUAUGGGCAAGCUUACCACUUGUGUAGUGCACAGCAACCUGAAGUCAUGGCGAGAGAGGCACUAAACUGUGUGGCACCUACUACCUUGCAGAAAGUAUUCGAUGAAUGCCAGGACCUGAGAGACUGCCAACUCCUUGUUAAUAGUCGACUUUUUGGAUCUGAGUUAUGUCCAGGAGUCACUAAAUACCUCCUAGUCUCCUUUAAGUGCCGACCUAGUGAAUAUAAAACUAGAUCAGUGUGUGAAAAUGAAGAACUGAAACUACACUGUCAUGAAUCAAAAUUUCUUAAUAUCUACUCAGCCUCUUAUGGCAGAUCUGCCCAUGAAAUGCACUUCUGUUCAACAAAAAUGAAUCACCUUCCCCAAUAUGAUUGUUUUUCCUAUUCAGCUUUAGAAGUCUUGUCGAAGAAGUGCUAUGGGAAACAAAGGUGUAAAAUUAUUGCUAACAAUCAUAACUUUGGAAGACCAUGCAUGCCUGGGGUGAAAAAAUAUCUCAAUGUCAGCUAUGCAUGUGUUCCCAAAUUCAUACUGGCAGCAAUUGAUCCAAUGGUUACCAUACUCCCUCCUUCUUGGAAGCCAAAAGAAGUUGAAUAUGAUAUAAAUUUUGAUCCAAAAGAAUCAAGAAUUCCAAAGAAGGAAGGAAUUAUAAUUAGCAGCAGUUUGGCUACAUUUGCAUACAUUAGAGAUCACCUUGAAAGAGCUGCUCUCUUGUUUGUGUCUAGUGUUUGUAUUGGCCUAAUGCUCACAGUUUGUGCUCUGGUAAUGCACAUUUCUUGCUGCGAUGAUAUGUUAAAGCUACGGAGGAUGAAAAAGCAUCUAGUGCUAGAAAAUCAGAAGGCUGAUAGAAACAAUGAAGAUGAGGAAAAAGAGGAAGAGGAAGAGAGAGAAGAAUCUUCUGUUUCAGAUUUUACUGAUGAACUAACAGGAUUAUGCAGGACUUCAUAUACAGCUUAUUGUGCCCUGGAUGCAGCCGAAUUGGCUGAGAGGAUAGAGAGGCGAGAACAAAUCAUGCAAGAAAUCUGGAUGAACAGUGGCUUGGAAGCAUCUCCUACCAGAAGCUUCAGCCCAUUCUAUAUCAAUGAACAGCAGUGCAUUUGUUUUGGAUAACAUGCACCUCUUUUCUUAAACUACCUUCUGUGAAGGAUCAUCUGCAAUGUAAUGUAAUAAUUAUUACAAAGCUAUAUAAAUAAUUUAAAAUACCUUAAAA